UUAUUUCUCUCUUUCUACGGUCUCUCUCGUCUUAUCUUCCAAAGCAACAAAAAGAAUGAGAAAGAAAGUAACUAGUAGUGGAGACGAAGUAAACAAUGAGUACAAGAAAGGUUUGUGGACAGUAGAAGAAGACAAGAUCCUCAUGGAUUAUGUCAAAGCUCAUGGCAAAGGCCACUGGAAUCGUAUAGCCAAAAAGACUGGUUUAAAGAGAUGUGGAAAGAGCUGUAGAUUGAGGUGGAUGAAUUAUCUCAGUCCAAACGUGAAAAGAGGCAAUUUCACUGAGCAAGAAGAAGAUCUUAUCAUUAGGCUCCACAAGUUACUUGGUAAUAGGUGGUCUUUGAUUGCUAAAAGAGUACCGGGUCGGACGGAUAAUCAAGUGAAGAAUUAUUGGAACACGCAUCUUAGUAAGAAACUCGGAAUUAAAGAUCCACUAACCAAGCCGAGCAAUGGUGAUAUUGUUUAUCAGAUCAAUCUCACAAAUCCUACUGAGAAAUCAGAUGAAACAAAAAUCUCGAAUAUUAACGACAAUAAUAUUCUCAGAGAUGAAAUUCAAGAAGAUCGUCAAGGAAGUAACUAUUUGAGCUCGCUUUGGGUUCAUGAGGAUGAGUUUGAGCUUAGCACACUCACCAACAUGAUGGAUUUUAUAGAUGGGCAUUGUUUUUGAUGUUUCUUUCUUCUUCUUUUGUGUAUUUUAGAUUUGGUUUUCUUUUCGUCUUGUUAUCUUCAAAGCUGAUCAAACACUAAUACAUCAACAGUCUUAGACUAAAAGUUGUUGAUGUGGUAGUGUAUGAUUGGCUUAGUCUUU